UCUAUGAUUAUAAAUACUACAAGCUCUUCUCGUAAAUGGCACAUGUAUGAUGCAAUAACACGAGAUGUGAACACGCGCCACAAGUGACGUAGUAAUAAGUGGCGAGCCGCAAUUCGCAAUGACGGAACUCUUUAAUGUCGCAUAAUCCAAUCGCGAAUAACGCUUAUCGCUUUCAGUAGUACAUACGAUUGAUGUGAGAAACGUAUCAAUUCAAACAAGUGAAGCGGAAAAGGUCCAAGCUCUAAGAUAUGAAAAAAUGACGUACGUAUAAACAAGGUCAAAGUUCAUCACGAGCCUUAGAUUUAGCCUCAUUGAAGGAUUCGUCGCCGAAAGGCGAGAGAUAAAGGGAGCCCAAGGGACGAUUAUUCAUUUAAAUUUGAAAAGAAGCGAGAAGAGUCAUCGAUAACGCUCCACAUGGACCUGCCACCCGGUGGCGAUUGCACGAGGCUAUCCAUUUGGGUUUUCAGCCACGACUUUGGCGCCGGCGCCGAGAGAGUCUCUCCCCCCGGCUCCCCGACGACGCUGCUCCGAUAUCGCGCUGGUGCUGGUGCUGGUGCUAGCUGGCGCAAACUUGGACUCCUCGUGAGUCGCACAGAGUACACGUGUCUGCGCGUCGGUAAUCCCACGCGUUCCCCCUAAAUUCUCAUUCCGAUGGCAAGAGAGAAAGGUGAACGCGCGAUUUAAUCGAAACGGACGUGUAGAGUAUACGUAUUGUCGCGCCUAGUAUCGCAAAGCCUCUCCUUCGACGAAAGUUAUCGAUUGGCAGUGCUACAAGAGCGACCAUCAGCGACCGGCCGGCAUCCUACAAGUUGCUACAUCGGAAGCUGGCGCUUGGCGAAUCGUUGAUAAAAUCCCGCCGUUUACAGAUCGACAUUCCAUGAUCGAUCGUAGGAACGCGGGAUCAUCGAACGGUUAUCACCGUUCUGUCAAGAAAUCAAUAUAUUUGGAAGCCCAAUAAACGAUCGUCUCUGAACUGAAGGUUGAGUCAGAGACUUUUAAAAAGUGUAUACAAAUGUCUUCGUAUAUAUUUCUCCGGGAAUGAAUUUCCGGAUAUCACGAUAAGAAAAUCUCUGUUACAAGAGAUAACUAUGUCAAUAUGAAUGAAAUACUGUAGAAGGAAUAUUCAUUGUCUUGAGCAAGAUUAUUUUUAUUAAUCCGAUUAAAAAGCAAUAGAAAGAUUUAUCUUUGCUGACAAGAGUGCUAAUAAAAACACUCGCGUAGAUUAAACGAUAUCGUCGAAUAAAUAACGGAAACAUACUUCGGGAAGAAUGGCAUACGACGAUGUUAUUCUUCGUAUGGGCGAAUUUGGUCGCUAUCAACGCAGGGUCUACCUUCUGCUUUGUCUUCCGGCAAUAUCGUGUGCCUUCCACAAAUUAGCCGGUGUAUUUCUCGGAGCUAAAAUGAAUUCCAGGUGUUUACUUCCGCACGAAUUCGCGGAAAACGCUACAUUUCAUUUGAGUCCGAAUAUAUUGAACGCAAGCUAUCCAUGGGACAACGAACUUAAAGGGUGGUCCCAGUGUCUGAGCCGUGACGUGAUCGGCGCCACGAACGGUACAAUCGUUGAAAAAACAAUUGGAGAAGGGAUCAGCCGGUGCAAGCAGUAUGUGUACGACAGAAGCGUAUACAAAAGUACAACCACUUCCGAUUGGGAUUUGGUUUGCGACAGGGCGUGGCUGAGGGCGACGGGGGAUUCAUUGUUCAUGGUAGGAGUCAUGCUUGGCUCGAUGAUAUUCGGCGCUUUGUCCGAUAAAUAUGGACGUAGACCAAUUUUCUUCCUAUCUUUAAUCAUACAACUGGUCGGCGGUACAUUAGUCGCUGUAGCACCCGAAUUUAUUUCCUACGUAAUUUUUAGAUUAAUUGUCGGCUCAACCACCAGUGGAGUGUUCUUAGUAGCUUAUGUCAUAGCUAUGGAGAUGGUUGGACCGAAAAAACGGUUAAUAGCCGGAGUCGGCGUGCAAUUGUUUUUUACUUUUGGAUACUUACUCACCGCUGCCUUUGCGUAUUAUAUUACCGAUUGGAGAAUGCUACAGGUAGCCCUUACGAUACCGAGCAUCAUGUUUCUACUUUAUUGGUGGUUUAUUCCCGAAUCCGCACGAUGGCUACUGACGAAAGGUCGCCACCAGGAAGCGAAGGAUUUGCUGCAACGCGCUUCCUUGGAAAAUGGCGUGGAGAUACCGAGUGAAACUUUCGACACACUUCUUAAUAAUAAGGCCGAGGAAAGUACGCCCGACGAGAAAAAACCUUCGGUCUUCGAUCUGUUCCGUUAUCCAAAUUUAAGACGGAAGAGCAUUCUUUUAUUUUUUAACUGGCUAGUCAACAGCGGAACGUACUACGGACUGUCUUGGCAUGCAUCCAAUCUCGGAGGUAACGACCUCCUUAAUUUUGUAAUAUCCGGAUUAGUGGAAAUACCGGCGUACACAUUCCUCAUCUUUACCCUGAAUCGAUGGGGCAGAAAAAUCAGUCUUUGUGGCUGUAUGAUGUUAUCAGGAUUAGCAUUACUUGCUACGUUAUUUGUCCCUGCCGAUAUGCCGUGGCUAAUUAUUACCCUGGCAAUGAUAGGAAAACUCGCUAUUACAUCGUCCUAUGGUGCAAUUUAUGUGUUCACUGCAGAACAAUUUCCGACUGUUAUCCGAAAUGUCGGACUGGGUGCGAGCUCCACUUUUGCUCGAGUUGGCGGAGUUAUUGCACCAUAUGUCAAUCAUUUAUCGGAAUUAUGGACACCAUUGCCACUUGUGAUUUUCGGAUCAUGCGCCUUACUUGGUGGAUUGAUGUCUCUUCUUCUCCCGGAGACAUUAAACAAGAAACUUCCUGAAACGAUUCAGGAUGGCGAGUUAUUUGGAAAAAAAUCAUCAAAGAAGAAGAAAAAACAGCAAUUGGAUCAUAACCAAUUGAACGAGAUAGAAGUAAUAAAACCAUUAAAACUACAGGAGAAGCAGAAUGGUGUACAUGAGAAACAAAACGGAUGACAUUAAAUUAUAAAAAUCAAAUUGGUAUUACAUUCAAAAAUAUGUACUCGAUUCCCGUCUAAUCACAUUUUAGACGUCUGUCGCGCGUGUAGUACACACGCUUACAAAGAAUUUGACAAACGUUUCUUCUCGGUUAAUAUCCAUAAUUGUCUAAUAUUUGUUUACACCGGAUCAUAUCUCACUUGAGCCGGAUUGGACCGAUGAUGAUAAAAUCAUUAUACAAAAAUAUAAAA